CUGCAGUGAUUUCUUAGCGUUGCUGAAAAUUGGACAGGGACGCAGGACAACAUGUAUCUCAAAGAACUUUGCCUGGUGCUGCUGGUGUCAGCAGCUUUUGUUUCAGCUGUCAGUAGAGACCGCAACAACAAGAAGUACAAAGUCGUUUGCUAUUUGGGCAGCUGGGCCAACUAUCGUCAUGGCGAUGGAAAGUUUUUGAUUGAGCACAUUGACGCCAACCUCUGCACCCAUCUGAUCUACGGUGCUUUCGAGAGAUUCAACAACUUAAAGAACAACAAUCCUCAUCUCAGCACUUUGAUUGCCAUCGGAGGAUGGAACGGAUCGACCAAGUACUCUCAGAUGGCCUCCAAUCCUUCUUCCAGGGCUGAAUUCGUGAAAAGUGUCGUCGAUUUCUGCCUCAAGUACAACUUCGAUGGAUUGGACUUUGAUUGGGAAUAUCCAGCCAAUCGUGGAGGAGCCCCAUCUGACAAACAGAACUUCGUCACGCUACUGAAGGAACUGAAAGAAGCUUUCGCCCCUCACGGUCUAUUGCUGUCAGCUGCUGUUUCUGCUGGUAAGAACACCAUUGACACAGCAUACGACAUUCCAGGAGUCGCCAAAAGAGGGCCUGAAGAUUAUGCCAUCAAUUAUUGGAUUAAGAACGGAGCUCCCAGGAACAAGAUUAUUCUAGGCAUGGGUCUUUAUGGAAGAUCCUUUACUCUCGCCGACCAAUCAAAAACCGGUAUUGGAAGUCCAACAACUGGACCAGGAAGAGCAGGACCAAUGACCAAGGAACCCGGAAUGCUCGGAUACAAUGAAAUAUGCUUAGAUGUGAAGAAUAACGGUUGGACGGAAGUUUUUGCUCCCACAAUUGAAGCCCCAUAUGCAUAUCAAGGCAACCAGUGGGUAGGAUACGAUAAUAAGAAGAGCAUUGAAAUCAAGGUGGACUAUGCCAUCAAGAACCAGCUUGGUGGUGGUAUGGUCUGGUCUUUAGAAACCGACGAUUUCAGGGGUAAAUGUUUCGGGGAGAAAUAUCCUCUUCUUUCCACCAUUUUCAAAAAGCUGAAUGGUGACGUCGUACGUCCACCCCCUGAAGGUACCACCAAGGGUCCUCAGCCAACAGUGGAUCCAGGCAUUGGCUUCAGAUGUACCUCAGAAGGAUACUUCCCCGAUCCGAGUAAUUGCGAGAUCUUCUACUUUUGCGCCAAAGUUGGCAGCGAAUUCGCCAAGCAUACUUAUCAUUGCGGCGAAGGCUCUGGUUUUGAUCCGAAUACAUCUACAUGUAAUUUUAAGGAUCAAGUACCUAACUGCAAGUAAAGAAGUAGAUUGUUGGAAUAAAGAGAUUAAAAUCUGUUAA